CCCUGGCCGACUCCCCCCUCCCUUUACCGGAAAUGUCUCCAGGUGACGGCGGCUCUGGCCGGGAGACGCUGGGCGUAGCGGGGCGGUGGCGGCUGUGAGCUACCAUGGAGCACAUCCGCACCACCAAGGUAGAGCAGGUGAAAUUAAUAGACCGUUUCAGCACCAGCAACAAAUCGUUAAUGGGAACUUUGUACCUUACAGCAACUCAUCUGUUAUUUAUAGACUCUAGCCAGAAGGAGACUUGGAUACUACAUCAUCAUAUCGCUGCAGUGGAGAAACUUGCCUUGACUACUUCAGGUUGCCCUCUUGUGAUCCAGUGCAAGAACUUCAGGGUAGUUCACUUUAUUGUUCCCAGAGAAAGGGAUUGUCAUGACAUUUACAACUCUUUGCUGCAACUGUCAAAACCAGCAAGCUACGAUGAACUGUAUGCCUUCUCUUACAAUCCAAAACAAAAUGAGUCUAAGCGGCUGCAAGGGUGGCAGCUCAUUGACCUCGCAGAAGAAUACAAGCGGAUGGGAGUGCCAAACUCUAACUGGCAGUUGUCCGAUGCUAAUCGUAAUUAUGAGAUUUGUGACUCCUAUCCCAGAGAACUUUAUGUUCCUAGAACUGCAAGCAAGCCCGUAAUCGUUGGUAGCUCCAAAUUUAGAAGCAAAGGAAGAUUCCCAGUGUUAUCGUAUUAUCACAGAGAUAAAGAGGCUGCCAUUUGCAGAUGCAGUCAGCCUCUCUCAGGUUUCAGUGCCAGGUGUCUGGAGGAUGAAAAUAUGCUGCAUGCGAUCAGUAUAGCCAACCCUGCUCAUCACUAUAUGUAUGUCAUGGACACUCGACCUAAGCUUAAUGCAAUGGCAAACAGAGCAGCAGGUAAAGGCUAUGAAAAUGAAGAUAACUAUGCUAACAUUAGAUUCCAGUUUGUUGGAAUUGAAAACAUUCAUGUAAUGAGAUCCAGCCUACAGAAACUUUUAGAAGUCAGUGGUACAAAAGCUUUGUCUGUCAACAGUUUCUUGUCUGGUUUGGAGAACUCUGGCUGGCUUGCGCAGACAGUUGAGUGGAUUAACAAUGAAACAUUUUUUAAAAAUGUAAACAAAGUUUUCAGAGUUGCUACAAAUAUAUUAGUUCGGCUGUCCUUUGAGAGGGUCCUUGAAGGUAUUGAAGACCAUGCCAAGAAACCAAAAGAAAUGCAAAGUGGUGUUUUGAUAGAGAAGGACUGGAUCUCCUUUGGACAUAAAUUUUCUGACAGAUGUGGUCAAUUGGAUGGUGACCCAAAGGAAAUCUCUCCAGUGUUCACUCAGUUUUUAGAAGGUGUGUGGCAUCUCACAGAGCAGUUUCCACAAGUCUUUGAAUACAAUGAAGCUUUUCUCCUUCAGAUCCAUGAACACGUCCAUUCAUGCCAAUUUGGAAACUUCCUUGGAAACUGCCAAAAAGAGCGAGAAGAACUAAAAUUGAAAGAGAAAACUUAUUCCUUAUGGCCAUUCCUUCUGGAUGAACAAAAGAAGUAUAUUAAUCCUCUAUACAAUCGAGAUUUUUCUCAGAAACUUGUCCUCUUGGAGCCUAACACAGCGUCCUUCAAUUUUAAGUUUUGGAGAAAUAUGUACCAUCAGUUUGACCGAACUAUGCACCCCAGACAAUCUGUAUUUAAUCUCAUCAUGACCAUGAGUGAACAAAAUAAACAACUGGAGAAAGACUUUAAAGAACUGGAAGCUAAAAUGAAACAAAGAAACAGGCAACCAGAAGAACUCCUCACUAAGGAACCAUUGCAGUCUGUCCAUCCUGCUUCACCAGCACUUAAAACUUCUCCGUGCUUUAAGAAGGAGCAGCCUCUGUUACCGAUGAAAGACUCCAUUCGGACUAUAGAGGGCAGCAACACAGCAGACAAUCGCUACAGUGAAUACAUGGAGGAGUUGUCAAAAGCUGAGCCUGCUGUUGUCAGCUUGGAGUAUGGAGUGGCAAGGAUGACCUGUUAGUGAAACAUUGAACAGUGCUUCUUUUUUCUAGACUGACUGAAAUACAAGACAGAUUAUUGUGAGGAUGGUCUAUUGCUGCAUGACCAAAAUCUGAUUUGUAUAAUAGUGAGCUUUGUUACUGUAGAAUAGAACAGCCUGCUAAUUGUUAACGAAAGUGUUUGUUGUUCUCUUGAGAAAUAAUUGAAUUUAGCUGUAUUUAAGGAAAAAACAUUGGGGCAUUCAAUGAUCCUUAGUGACUUAACCAAUUAAGGAGUGGUCUGUUUGGAUUUAACAAGUCAUAGUUUGCUCUAGAGUGAGUAAAACAGUGACAUUACUUUAAGAUGUGUGCAUGGCAGCCAAACACAAAUGGCCUUUCAGAACUAAUUUUAGCCGGGCAGGAAAAACUUGACAAACAUUCUAUUUUAGAAACAAGUUAUGUGUAUAUAUAGCAUACAGUAUAAAUAUGUAUACUCCUAUUUAAUUUUGUCUUUCACUGCAAACUUUUGGUGUUUUAAGUGCCAUGAAAAAGUACAGUAUAUUUCAAACUAUAAAUAGCUGGCCUUAAAUUUGUCAAAUCAAUUGCCUUCUUGUCCUAGACUAUUGCGGGCUGUAACAUGACUCCGUUUACAUUUGUAUUUGCUUGAAUUGUUCUUGCUCCUUAAAAUGGGAUCAGAUUUAGGAAAUGUAAAAAAAAGCCUAAACAGUUAUGCUAUCAGCAAAUGAAGCUAUAAGAAUGUUAAAUCUUACGCUGAAUAUUAUUCUUAUUUCCUAUUCCUUUGUUGUUUAAAAUUAUAAUAGAUUGGGCAACUUUUGUCAACCUAGAGAAUUAAUGGAUUGACAGCAUAAUUGAAACUGAUUCAUGUGUACAGUUUUUAAAAUGUUGAAUUGUGGCAAGAUUUGUAACUUGGGCACCAGUGCAAAGGAUUAAAAAUUUGAAGAGGUUUUAUUAAACUAGCACAUUGCUAAUAACUAAA